AGCCUCUAUCGUGACGUCUCUCCUCCAGUUCUAUUUUACAUUACUCUCUAAAACUCACCGAGCUCAGAUUUGGCUUUAAAGAAGUGGGUUUUGAGGGUUUUUUUACAGGAUCCGAUUCAGCCUUCCUCCUUGGCAUGAAACUGAAGAAGGAAAAGCUUGUCAGGUUUCAUUUUACUGGAAUAAAACAUAGUGAGUCUCCAUGGGGAAGAACUGAACCAUCACAGCUAGAAAGGUCGUCAUCUGCAUAUAAGGUUCCAUCAUCUUCGUUGCUAAAACCUGAUAAUGGACUAGAUGGGGGCAGAAAUAGAUUCACUGAAACUCUCAGAAUUGGGAAGUCUAAGGUGUUUCCAGAGGAUCAUGAGCCAUGGCGCAAGAGAAUACUUGACCCGGGUAGCGAGAUUAUGUUACAAUGGAACUGGGUUUUCAUCGUUUCAUGCUUGGUGGCACUUUUUGUUGACCCAUUAUACUUUUAUUUGCCCACUUUGGGAGGAAAUGUGGAUUCUUCAUGUGUGAAGACAGACUUGAAUUUGCGAAUUGUUGUGACAUGUUUUCGGACUGUUGCGGAUAUAUUUUAUUUGUUGCAUGUGAUUAUAAAAUUCAGGACUGCUUAUGUUGCACCUAGCUCUCGAGUGUUUGGGAGGGGUGAACUUGUCAUGGAUCCAAAGAAGAUUGCACGGAGGUAUAUUAGAUCUGACUUCUUCAUUGAUCUCAUUGCCACACUGCCCCUUCCUCAGAUAGUGAUCUGGUUUAUUAUACCAGCAACAAGAAAUCGUCGAACUGAUCAUAACAACAAUGCCCUUGCACUUAUUGUUCUCCUCCAGUAUGUUCCGAGAUUAUAUCUGAUUUUUCCAUUAAGUCUGCAAAUAGUAAAAGCAACUGGAGUGGUUACCAAGACUGCCUGGGCAGGGGCUGCAUACAAUCUACUGUUGUACAUGUUGGCUAGCCAUGUUUUAGGGGCAGCAUGGUAUUUGCUGUCUAUUGACCGGUAUACCUCAUGCUGGAAAAAAUUUUGUAAAGAGGAAUACUCUACAGGUUGCCGGCUAAAUUAUUUAGAUUGUGAUACUUAUCGCAAGACAUGGGGAAAUGCAACAAAUGUGUUUCAGAAAUGUAAUCCUAAUAAUGAAAUUGAGUUCAAGUAUGGCAUAUUUGAAAAUGCAGUGCAGAAAGAUGUUGUUUUCAUAAACUUCAUGAAGAAGUAUUUCUACUGUUUGUGGUGGGGCCUACAGAAUCUAAGUUCAUACGGGCAGAAUUUGUCUACAACCACUUUUAUUGGAGAGACGUCGUUUGCCAUUCUUAUUGCCAUCUUGGGGCUGGUAUUAUUUGCCCGUUUGAUUGGGAAUAUGCAGACGUACUUGCAAUCUCUUACCGUGAGGCUCGAGGAAUGGAGACUCAAGCAAAGGGACACUGAGGAGUGGAUGAGGCAUCGCCAACUCCCUGAAGAUUUAAAACAACGUGUUCGACGUUUUGUUCAAUAUAAGUGGCUUGCAACUCGAGGAGUUGAUGAAGAAUCCAUCCGUCGUGGAUUACCUGCUGAUCUUCGCCAUGAUAUCCAGCGCCACCUAUGCUUGGACCUUGUUCGACGAGUCCCCUUCUUCUCGCAGAUGGAUGAUCAGCUGCUUGAUGCAAUAUGCGAGCGUCUAGUAUCUUCCCUAAGCACUGCAGACACCUACAUUGUUUGUGAGGGUGACCCUGUGACAGAGAUGCUCUUUAUUAUCAGAGGUAGACUGGACAGUUCCACAACCAAUGGAGGUCGGACUGGUUUCUUCAACUCAAUUACAUUGAGACCUGGAGAUUUUUGUGGAGAGGAAUUACUUGCAUGGGCUUUGCUCCCGAAAUCUACAGUCAACUUGCCAUCCUCAACAAGAACAGUCAAAGCACUAAAUGAAGUUGAAGCUUUCGCACUGCGAGCUGAAGAUCUCAAAUUUGUGGCCAAUCAAUUCAGACGGCUCCACAGCAAGAAGCUGCAGCACACUUUCCGGUUCUAUUCUCACCAUUGGAGGACAUGGGCGGCCUGCUUUAUACAGGCUGCUUGGCGGCGGUACAAGAGGAGGAUGUCGAUAAAAGAUCACAACAUGAGGGAAUCCUUUGCUUUCAACCAGAAAGAAGUGGAUGAGACAGGGCAAGAAGAAGAGGAACAUUUUUCUGCUGGUUCAAGUCCUUCUCAGGCAAGACUGAACCUUGGGAUCACAAUACUGGCUUCAAGGUUUGCUGCAAACACAAGGAGAGGAGCCCAUAGGUUAAAAGAUGAUAUGCCAAAGUUACGGAAACCUGAAGAGCCUGACUUCUCUACUGAGCCUGACGAGUAGUUGCUUGCGUCGGGCUAGUAUAUGGUGACUGUGCUUGAGAAUUUGUUUCAUUUGGAAUAUGGGAUUCCACAUCUUUACGGGAGGUGGCUUGUGUGAUGCUUCUUGAAGUUCUCUGCUUCAGUGUUGACACCUUUAGGAGGUGGGUAAAAAGAUCGUUUUGCAGCACAGAAAAGGAUGGGAGGGGCAUUAAUGUUAUGUCUAAGAUGUAAACUUGCUUAAGAGAGAAAGCUGAUAAAAUUUAGUGGACUCAACUAUGAGCUUUACACCUGACUCAGUCAAACUGUGUUACGAACCUAAAUAUAAAGUCUGCAAAUGGAUAAUAUUUAGGAUGGACAUCUAA